CAGAACAUGUUUGGGUCAGUGUGUGUUAAUGAUUAAAUGAUCCAAAGUGAGGUGGAUAUACUGUUAUGUCCAACCGAAUACUGAGAGGAUACUGAGUCUGAGCGAGACUAGAAGGGGAGAAAUCUAGAAAGAUGCAGUGCUCUGUGCUUCUCCUCGUUGUUGGGCUGUUGCUGAAUUACGCUGCAGGUUCACCAGAGUCCAGUGACUUCCUCCAGACCAUACACACCCAAGCAGAAGAUGCCUUGGCAUCAGCGAAAGCAUACCUGAAGACCGUAUUUCCCCUCCUCUCCGUUCCCACCCGGCCCACCUACGGAGACAACGUCCACCUGAAGUGGGUCAGGUGGUCCGGCAGUCUGCCCAGGUGGGCCGUGACUGUGUUCAAUCGCCAUGCCAACCGCACGGACUACAUCUGUUCGCCGACGCGGCGUUGCGAGCACGUGGCGGGUUACUACAACCCUGUCCUUGGCCCGCAUUGCUUCACUCCGUGUGACAACACUGACCCCGGCAUCGGAAACGAGUUUGACCUGCUGGUGAACGAGCAUGACCUGGAGUUACUGGAGUGGGUCACGGUGGAGUAUUUCGGUUACGGGGAAGCCCCGUCCAACGCCGUGCUUGUGAGCCAGAACUUGAAGAGGAGCGGCUACAUCUUACGACAUGAAGGCAGUGUUGGCAGCUACGUUGUGAUGUAUUGGCCUAAGAGGCAACGGCGCGCUCCUGAACAUUUUCUGGAAAUACUCACUGUGAACCAGGGCAAGUACACGGAGCACCUCUUUGAUGUUGAGUACGACAUGGAGCAGAUGAAGAUCCUGUCAGCAAGCAGGCUGAAGAUCUCCAAAACUACAGUUGCAAACCAAGGCGACUCUCCUCAGGACCAGCAGGUGGCGCUGAAAGGCGAAACACAGCUCCAUGGCACCUGGGAGACCGUCUCCUCCAAACGCCUCGUCAUCUCCACCUCCAUCACGGCUCACAUUCCCCGCCGCAACUCCAGCUUCCUGUCCACAAACAGCACACCCAGAGGCAUUAUGGGUAACUCGGUCAAUGAGACGGUCACUGUGACUCUUCCCAUGCCGCUCAUCCCAUCUACCUGUCAGGUGAGCAUGAGGGGAACGCUGGACUCAGUCAGUGUGCCCUUCAACGCCUCUCUGCAGAAGACCUAUGAGAGCGGAGCUAAGCACUUGGCCACUGUGCCUGGCAUCUAUGUGGGCACCCAGAUUCGCAGCAUGGACCUGGUGGUCGACUCCUGCGUCACUGAUGGUCAUUCAUGAUAUGCCGGUCUUGAGUGUGAGAGUGUUUGUACGAGAGAGUGGGUGGGUGUAUGAAAAUGUGUGAACGCCACCAUUUCCAAAUAAAAUUAAUGUGAUUGCAAACAUUA